UAAAAAAAAAAAAGCUAAAGCGUUGGCUGCUGCUCAUCCUCUUUGGUAAAACUUGUACGCUUGCUUUUAAUGGGAAGGGGAAACUCUUCUAAAGUUUCAAUCUUUGAUUCAAAUUAUUCCUACCCAUGAGAUCUUCUUUGAAUCAAAUUUAAAGGGUAUGCAUACUGUUCUCCAUCAAGCUUCAAUUUUUAUCUUCUUGGCCCUAGUUUUGAGCUGCCCAGAGAAGUGAGUUGAAUUUGUCAUGUUUAGCAGUCCUUUUGGAUUUUUCUUCCCAUUCAUUUUCUACCAAAUCUUAGCUUUGCUGGUUGUGAGCUGCAUAUCGAGGAGUAUAAUGUACAGAAUGUGAUCUGCAGCUCUGCAAAAUUCACCAGUUUUGGUUUCUUAGCUUGAGAAAGUUCAUAGAAUUCAAGAAUGGCGGCCACAGAUAAAGAUUCCAAGACCCACAACGCUCUGCAAGUUUCAACAUCUCAAAGGGGGCUAAUAAGUGAGGAAGAUCCUGAAAAGCAAGUGCAGGGUCGUAGUGUUCUUGCCCUUCCCAUUCCCAAGAGGCUGCAGUUCCUAAAGUUGGGUUCUUUGGCUUCUCCACCUGCUAAGUUUCAGCAGAUUCCUAAGGAAAAUGAUGGUGUUCGAAUCCGAGACCGCUUGAAUAGGUUGUUUUCUAGGAAAUUUGUUUGGAAAAUUUGCAGGGAAUGGAUAAGGAAUCCUCUCAACAUGGCACUUCUGAUAUGGAUUGUGUGUGUUACUAUAUCAGGUGCAAUACUCUUCCUGGUAAUGACAGGAAUGUUGAAUCAUGCCCUCCCCAAGAAGUCUCAGAGGGAUAUCUGGUUUGAAGUGAACAACCAAAUCAUCAAUGCACUGUUUACUCUAAUGUGUUUGUAUCAGCAUCCAAGAAGGCUAUAUCAUUUCGUUCUUCUGUUCCGAUGGAGGCCAGCCGAUAUUUCUUGGCUCAGGAAGGUUUACUGCAAGAAUGGGACUUGCAAGCCCAAUGAAUGGGGUCAUAUGAUGGUGGUUGUUUUGCUUCUAAACCUCAAUUGUUUUGCUCAAUAUGUUCUUUGUGGACUUAACUUAGGGUACCCUAGAUCAGAACGCCCCGCUCUUGGAGUGGGAAUAUGUCUGUCGGUUUCAAUUGGGGCACCUGCAAUUGCUGGGGUUUACUCUAUGAUUAGCCCUCUUGGCAAGAACCACGAAACCAGGCUCGAUGAGGAAGCAGAAAUGGAGACGACGAGAGCCAUUGAGGCUAGGGGGGAGUGGAGUGGAGGGGUUUUCGAUUUCUGGGAUGACAUAUCCUCAGCAUACCUCUCUUUAUGUUGCACAUUCUGUGUUUUUGGGUGGAACAUGGAGAGGCUCGGGCUUGGGAACAUGUACGUUCAUAUCGCCACGUUUAUGCUCUUCUGCAUGGCGCCGUUCUGGAUUUUCACCCUGGCUGCUGUUAACCUCGAUAACGAAUCUGUGAGAGCAGCAUUGGGGGUCACUGGCAUUCUCCUAUGUGUGUUUGGUUUGAUGUAUGGUGGGUUUUGGAGGAUUCAGAUGAGGAAGAGAUACAAUUUGCCUCCUUACAGUUCUUGCUGGGGUGAACCUUCUGUUGCAGAUUGUGCAUUGUGGCUUUUCUGCUGCUGCUGCUCUCUGGCUCAGGAAGUUAGGACUGGGAAUUCAUAUGAGAAAAUGGUUGAUCAGAAACACCCAAAUUUUAUUUCACCUUUGCCCAGGGAGGAUGGGUUGUUUAGGUCUAAUCCUAUGGAACCUCCUGCUCCUGUAAUUGUUACAAGAGACGAUGUUUAACGGGGAACAGUUUUGACGGAUUGACUCUUGUAUCUGUAUGUCACGUUAAAGAGUUUAAAGUUAUGAUUUUUUUGGAUCUGGGUCAAAUCUGGAUUAGUCGUCGAGAUAUCGAGUGUCAUAUGCUAUGAUAGUGUAGAUUUGAUCAUGUUAGUCAAAUGCUUCCAUCUUCCUUUCCAUUGUAUUUGUUGUAUAUAAAUGUAACCCCCCCCCCCCCCCCCCCCCCCAUAACACCACUGAAAUUUUCAAUCUUGAAAUUCUGAGAGAAGUUAUCCAUCUAAA